CAAACAUCCCCUCAAACCCCCGCAUAAGAUGCCGUCCAAAUAACCUCAAACCCCCGCCCCGCCGAGCGAGAACCCAAUUCCCGCCCCGCCAAGACAACCCCUCCAAACCCCUCCAUCUCAUCCCACCAACCCAAAAAGAUGUCACAACCAAACCACACCCCCCCACCACCCUCCUUCACAACCAAAAAAUCCCACAUCCUAUCCCUCCUCUCCGUCCCAACAGAACAAUACGACGACCUCUCCCCGAAAGGAAGCGUCGACGUGAAUAUCCGCCAUCUGAUCGAUGAGAUCAAUGCGAGGGAGGGGAGUGUGACGACGAGUAGUUGUGGGGGGCGGGUGAGUGUUUUUUUGGAGGGGAAGAGGAGUGCUGGGGAGCGGGAUGGUGGGUUAGUUCAGGAGGGUGUUGUAGAAGGGAAAGAGAGGGAGACGAAAGCGGGCGUGGGAGGAAAGGGGGGAGGUGGGAGGUGGUUGUUUGUUUCUCAUGAUCCUGUUUCUUUGGGGACGGAGGGGACGUUGGCGGAGCUUCUGGGGAUGGUUAGGAAUGAGAAGCUGGAGGAGGAGAUGAGUGGUAGAAAUGUUAGGGAAAUGAGGUUUAUACAUUUCAAAUUCGAACCGAUGGUAACUAUACCCUUUAAUCCUCCUCCCCUACACCCUCUCUCAUAACCAGCCAACACUAUAUCAAAACACAAACCCCAAAACAAAAAAGCUAACACCCCUCAGAUCCUCCACAUCCUAACCUCCUCCCCCACACAAGCCCAAACCCUCCUCACCGCCGCCCUCCAAUCCGGCUUCCGCGAGUCCGGAGCCCUAAACCUCACCUCUCCCCCAUCAUGCUCAUCCUCAUCCUCAUCCUCAUCCCCCAAUAGCCCAACACCCAUCGUAGCAAUCCGCUCCAUGGGCCUAUCUCUCGAAUCCAUAAUCGGAUUCCUGCCAUCGUCUACAUCUACUUCGGCAGAUGCAGAAGAAACACCACUUUGUAUCGUUCCUGAAUGGCAACUGCGUAAUUUGAUACAGAUUGCGAAUGAGAGGUUUGUGGAGAAUGAGAAGAGGAUUGAGAGGUUUAGGGUGUUGUUGAGAGGGGGAGAUGGGGAGAAGGAGGGGAGACGGAGGGGACAGGAAGGGAGUGUGUGGGAGGAUGGGGGGGCGAGGAGGGAGAGGAAGAGGGCUGAGGGGUUGAGGAUGAGGGAGGUUAGGAUGGCUGAGANGAGGGGAGACGGAGGGGACAGGAAGGGAGUGUGUGGGAGGAUGGGGGGGCGAGGAGGGAGAGGAAGAGGGCUGAGGGGUUGA